AUGCACGCACUCACACCGACGGUACGCACCUACUCUGCAGUCCGGCUCACCGACGACCCGAAGGUGGAGAUGCGCUGGACGUUGGAGCGGUUCGCCAAGCACAUCUUCGUCAAGCACCGGCUGCGCCUCGUCGGCUGGCCACACGGUACCAAGUUCGGCAACCUGAGCGAAAACGCGACGAGCUUGAACGAGCUCAUCGGCCUGCACAGGCUGUGGGACCGCGGCGACCUGCGCUUCGAGCGCGUGGGCAUCGAGGAGGCAGAGGCGGCGAGGGCGAACUGUAGGCUUGCGGCGCCGACGCCGUUCGUCCUCCCGCGCGGAACACGGGCGAAUGAAGACGAGCGGCGGGACCCGGGUGUGGUGGAGUUCGGGAUGUGGCGCCGGCGGAUGUCGUGCAUGGUGACAAAGUCACAGCGCGAGAUCACUUGGGAGGACGAGGAGGAGGCGGAGCAUCCGCUGGGGAGGGAGGCGUCGAGCGACCUGAUAGACAGCUUUAGCAGUCGCGGCUGUGGUUGGGAUGUAGGUGCUGGGGUUGCAGUUAAUCGUAAUCAAGGAUUGGACCGAGAAUGUGAAUUGCGUACCUGA